AUGAUGGACAACACGAAAACAAAGAACGCGGUCAACAUCAUUCUUGAGUUCUUGACAAGAAAUCGCAGUUCUGUCUUCAUCUUCUUGUUCAGUUCAUUUGCUGAUUCCUUACGUGACAUUUCUAUUCGGAAAAGCUUCAUCUUCAUCAGCGUCAGCAGCGGAAUUAUUUGGUAUUCAGAUUGCGAUUGUUUAAUGGAACAAUCUGUCAUUGUGUUCUCUCAUUUAUUACCUCAAAAGCAUGUGACAUUGAAAUUUCUGGUUAAAAAUGUCCUGAGUAGAAAAUAUUUUCAGAGACAAAUUGAAGUUGAGAUUCGAUUUGAAAAGGCCUUGGAAUUGGCAGUCAUAGAGCCCAACGGCUUACGAGGUUUGUCAGAAUUUAUUUUCAUCAUAUUGAAAAGCAAGUUUAUUGAUUUCAACAAAUCUCAAAUAAAACGAGCGAAAAUUGCAAUGAAGACAUUUCACAAAUAA